GGAUAACAUAAAAAAGGAUGAGGACGGCCCGGAUACCACCAGAUGGUUUUCAGUUCUUUGAUCAUCUUAAACUCUAUGGCACAAUGGGCUGAACGACAGACAGACAGGUCGUAGAGGACCCUGUGACGGGAGAGACAUCCAUACUCAGACACCUGCAAAAAGGUCACACAGACUGAAAGAUUACGCAUGGAUCCCUAUCCAGGCGUACUAUGGCGUAUUCCAACCAACAUGACAGCCUCAAAGCCACUUCAGCUCAGACUCAUCUUGAUGUCAAUCGGAUGAGAUAAGUUGUUCCGGCUGAGGCUGUGUUAAUUGGACGUCAAUGGCAACUGUGACGGGUAGAUAGAUAACGGAUGCAUCAAGAUAUUAAUCUUCCGCCCAAGAGAGGUACUAGGUACUGUACCUAAACUGCAGAAUAUGGUGGGUUCUCCCUCUGUCGGAUAUUGGGAUGGUUUGGUGGUCCGAUCGUAUCAUGAGAUCUCCCAUCUUUUGGGGACACGGGACGAUGGCGUCCAAUGAGACCACCGACAUCCUGUCAGACUGAGAAAACGUUGAGCCGUCGGGGAUGUGGUUAUUCCGAGGGUUAGGAUGAAGGAUUCAAGACAUCUAGUAACUACUUGUAGAUUUGGAUGACGUUUCGAGAUUAAUUGAUGGAUGCAUUAAACUACUAUUAUGAUGCAUUUUCAAAUUGAUCUGCGGACUCCGUACUCGUAUCAUAAUGUCUGUUACAGGCUAGUCACCUUCCUACCUUGUAGAUAGUGCAAACAGAAGCCAGCCGGUCCAGGCAUUGUCUACCUUUACUUCCAUAUAGGUUGUGUCCAAAAUGCACGGGAACAGAGUAUGGCAUAUAAGGUACUUUAGCAUAUUUUAUGUCUAAAGGCCAUAAGGCUUUUACAACAAUAUUAUGUAUCUCUGAAAGAAAAAGCCAGAGUUAGUCCCCUCAUUCCAUAACUACCUAUUCUUACUGGUACAAGGGGCCAUGCAAUGGAUGUUUUUUCAAGGGUGCUGCUUGUCAUGACUAUCGGUUAAGGCAGAAAAACAAGGCUAAGGCAUUACCUAGUAGAAUUGUCAAUUCGGUCCAACAUCCAUCACUUGCUUGACAACUCCUUCAUAUUACAAUCUUUGAACUUCCUCAAUCCAUGCCCAUUUAGUAUACCGCAUCUUCUUUGGUAGACUCGGCGAACGAUAAACACACUAAACUAUGUACUAAAUUUGGUCUUGUCUGUAAUCUGUUGGUGCCAGCAUUAGAUCUGCUGACUCCAUUUCCGGGCGGGCAUGACGACACGAAACAAUCACGACAUCGUCGACCUGCAAGGAACCGCUUAUCUUUUAUGGCAGCUUUCUCCAGGUGUGUGAGACUUUUGCGGGGGACACGGGACAAUCACAAAUGCAUUCAGCCUCUGUACCUAAUAAGAAUUGUGUUGCAGCCACACAAAGAGUUCGGUAAGAAAGAGGUUGUACACACCAACGGAACAAAUCCUUGCACGGGAUGUCGGUUAUGGAUUCUAUUUGACGAUCACGGCUUGAGUUGAUGCACUGAUUCCAAAGCAAACGGCGGAAUUCUCAUUAUCAGAUAAACACAAUGUGACGCGAGUUUCGCAGGCACCUAGGUUACUCGAAAACGUUGCGGCCAUAUCGGCGCAAUACUCUGUAAAUAUCACCGAAACGAGUAGGCGAGUUAGUAAGUAUGUAUCCUGGUGAAACUAUACAUAUAGGUACUAGGUAGAUUGCAUGUCAGACAUGGCGCGGCUUACAGCCAGCGAGAACCGUACUAUCGUACCAAAGACAGGUUCUCCCUUCUAUCACGACAUCGAGCACAUGAUGCGCCAGAGCCUCACCGAUCAAAGGUUCUCUGUUAGCUGGGCUGACUAAAACGCUUGAAGACUUUCCUCCGUUGUAUCUCACGGUGAAAUGAUGGAUACAAGAACACCCCCCUCCACUCAUCGCCGAAAGGACCGCAUCUGCCCGCCGCAAACCCGACAGGCAAUAAUAGAAAACAUCGAAUGGUAAGUUAUUCGCGCGCCUUGCGCCAGGGAAAUAAUAUGAUACAAACCCGAUACAUGUAAGCCAUCAAGGACACAGGUAGGGAGGGGACCUUUGUUGCUGCAGUGGCGCCAAAUCGCCAUGGAUGGAAUACAGAUACCUAGAUACUGCUUCUGUAAGCAGCUUUUCCAUGCCACAUUUGUCAUUGAGGCCAAGGGAAUCAGUUCGGGCACGCCGCAAGGUUACCCAAACAGGCAUUUACUUGUCAAACCGUCAGUUGCAGUCCAUACACUUUUGGGCAUUGGACUUCGGCCGUUUUCCUUUCUUUCUAUCCAUCCAAUGGAUGACGAAAGGCACAAGAGGCGGCGCCAUCCGGGCCAUCGGUCAGGGUACGAGGCUGUACAUGAAAUAUCACCCAACGUUGAGAUGGACUUGGGUGGAGGGGCAAGUAGACUUGAUGUAUACCAAUUGAGUCUUGUGUAAUCCAUUGCCUCGUUGUUCUACCUUCUGGUGUAUCUGUUUGACUUACAAAUGCUUGGAAUGGAACAAGCCAUAGAAGUCAAUUCAUCUAAUCCAAUUGUGCAACCCAGACGCUAGAAAUGGAAAUUCGAUAUAAAUCAUGAGAGCCCUUUUUUUUUCCUUCGCUGAACCCUUCCAUGAUUCCACAAUCCCAGCAUCCCAAUCUGUCUAAAUGAUCCUUAAGCCGACGAUAUUUGGAUCUGUACUUUAUACACCGAGAGCCGAUACCCGACCACGAAAAAAACACAACCCAGCCAAAGUUGCAUAUUUUUUUGGCACGCGAGUCACUCACUAAUUAAUUCUUUUUACGUUGAUUUACUCUCUGGGCCAUGCAUUAUUAAUCUAUUGAGUCAAUUUCCCCGACAAGUUGACAUCUCAUCAUUGUCUUUUUGACUUUUGAAACUCUCGAUCCCUUGCUCAAGAGGCUGCUGUGACGUGAUCGUCAAGGUUCCAAACCCACCUGCUCUAGACCUCUGAGACUUUCUGUCUGUUUUAUUAUCGACGACACAACAUUGCUCCUUCAGGACUAAACUCUACGCCCUCCUCCUUUUGCGCAUCAUCUCGACCCUGGAUCGCGUCAAACCGAGGCUUCCCUUUGUUUCUCUGUACCUUAACUUGGCGCAGCAGAAUUGCAUCCAGUACAUUACCUACCUACCUAGCUCUCAUAUAAAAAGGGUCCCCUCUCACGUUCCCCAUACCUAUUACAUUACAACACAACAGACCAGGGCAACACAGGAAAAGGGGAAAAAAGGCUUUUUUCCCUCUUUUUUUUUUUACCCUUCAGCCCCGCCUGGACCUCCACUUGCUUGUCGCUAAAGCCCAGAGUUUAUAUCUAUAUCAACAUCUCUGUCACAACAUCCAUCCCACCUCAACCUCUCUUCCUUGCUUCACCUAAACUCGCCGAUUUUCUUCAGCUUUUCUUCGGCCUCGUAUCUCUAGACCCUAUCGAGGCUCAAUUAUACACCUCUCCCUCUUUCACACUUCCAGUCAACCCUCAGCUACAAUGUCGGCUGCUCCUCUCAAUUCGGACCCUGUGGCCACCCCACCUCGCCCUCCGUCCCCCGUCCACAGCUUCGGUACUCUCGCCGUCCACGCCGGCGCUCCACAUGACCCCGCUACCGGCGCCGUGAUUGAGUCCAUCUCUCUGUCGACCACAUUUGCUCAGUCCGCCGUUGGCAAGCCUGUUGGCGAGUAUGAGUACUCCCGAUCCGCCAACCCCAACCGUACCAACUUCGAGACCGCUGUCGCUGCUCUCGAGCACGCCAAGUACGCCCUCGCCUUCUCUUCCGGUUCCGCCACCACCGCCACUAUCCUCCAGAGUCUCGCUGCCGGCAGCCAUGUCAUCUCCGUAUCCGAUGUCUACGGAGGUACCCACCGAUACUUCACUCAGGUCGCAAAGGCCCACGGCGUCAAGGUGACCUUCACACCAGAGAUCGAGGUCGAUAUCAGUGAGCACAUUACUCCCGAUACCCGUCUGAUCUGGAUCGAGAGUCCUAGCAAUCCAACCCUGCGCCUUGUCGAUGUCCGAGCUGUUGUUUCUGAGGCCCACAAGCACGGCGUCCUCGUCGUUGUUGACAACACCUUCCUGUCUCCUUACGUCCAGAAUCCGCUCGAUUUCGGUGCCGACAUCGUUGUCCACAGUGUUACCAAGUACAUCAACGGUCACAGUGAUGUCGUCAUGGGUGUUGCUGCUUUCAACAGCGACGAGCUCAAGAACCGUCUAAGCUUCCUUCAGAACGCCAUUGGCGCGGUGCCCUCAGCAUUUGACUCCUGGCUUGCUCACCGUGGUCUGAAGACUCUGCAUCUGCGAGCUCGUGAGGCCAGCCGCAACGCCGACGCCGUGGCUCGAGCUCUCGAGGCUUCUCCUCUAGUCAUUGCCGUCAACUACCCCGGUCUUGACUCUCACCCUCACCGACAUAUCGCCAAGAAGCAGCAUCGUGAUGGUCUGGGUGGCGGCAUGCUCUCAUUCCGCAUCCAAGGCGGUCACGCUGCCGCUGAGCGUUUCUGCCAGGUGACAAAGAUCUUCACUCUCGCUGAGAGUCUCGGUGGUGUUGAGAGUCUGGUCGAAGUUCCCAGCAGCAUGACUCAUGCUGGUAUCCCUCGAGAUCAGCGUGAGGCUGUCGGUAUUUUCGACGACCUUGUUCGCAUCAGCUGCGGUGUUGAGGACGCCCAGGACCUCACCAAUGACGUUCUCCAAGCCCUCGAGAAGGCUACAUCCGCGGUCAAGACCAACGGUUUCAACGGUAACGGCAAUGGCGUCAACGGCUCCUAGGCGCAUGUCCUAAUGGUUUUUCCCAUUCGGUUUUCGUUUAUUUAGAAGAAGAUGAUCUAUGAUGACACCUUAUGAGAUUUAUUUCCUUUGUUUGAGGAUGGUCUAAAAGCAAAUAAAAAGAUAGGGGCGUGCUUCAUUUAAGGCCCCCCCCCCCCCUGGGUUGGCAUUUUAUAUAGCGGCUAUGGUCAAGACUGAUGCAAAUCGCAUCUCUCUGUUAUUGAGGCUUGAAUGACAAGCUACCUGAAGAAUAUUAUUUCGAUUUCUCAAGGUAGUCUAUAGCCAAUGGGUCGUGGUAUCUCGUCGUGACAUGGGUGCCCCCGACUCAUCAUUAAAUAUGUUCAUCGUCAGAAGGUGGGAUAUUAAACAAGUUUUCCGUGAACUCGUUUGCCAUACUAUUCUCGGCAGACCACUCGUUGCGACGCCGGUGUAUCUCACUCAUGCCUUCACAUGCUGUCUCGGCGAUAAAAUGUAACUCAUCAAGAGUGUUGGAGUUGCAAUUUGGGAAUACGCCGUCGAUGCUGCGUUGCCACUCUGACGUUGAGUUUGCGACAGCCGUCUGGUACGCAUUAGUAUCGUAUUCAACCACCCCCAGUGCACGAUUCCGUGGGAGCAGGUUGUUAAGAAGACUGUCAAACAGAGCGUCCGCAGGAAGGUAUUCGACUGCAUCUUUAGUGAGAGGCGUAGGUUGGCGAAUUCCCAUGACCACUUCAACAAAGCGCUGGGAGAUGCUUCGACCAAGACCACAAGGGUCAAUAAGGUCAAACUCUGGCUGUGUGGGCAUAUCUUCGAGCAUGUAAUGGUCGUAGGCCAAGAAGGAUGCUCGGCAGAUUCUCAGAUGUGGUGUUGCACAUCUCAGCGCCAUAGCAAUCCAAUGGCAGUCAUCCCCUGGACGUUGGUUGGGCAUACCGACCCAAAGGAUUUUCUUAGAAUCCUCGUUCCAGUCGCGCGAUUGCUCAACCUUUAGAUAUACUUCGUUCAAAUAAAGCUCUCGAAGUGUGGUUCCAAAAUUCUCCGCAGUACGGACAAAUACCUCUGGGCACAACUCGAUCCGCUUGAGCUCCAAGCAUGUGAGAUUGGAGUGUAUGACACUAGGCGCCGGUAGUGACUUUGCACGCCACUCGUCGACAGGCAUCUGCCAGAAUUUCGUCUGUUUCAGACCUCGUGGUGGGCGAUCAUCGUGGUCCAUCCCUACCAAGCAGAGACUCUUGAGCUCUCCCGCAUUCUCCACAAGGUUCCAAAGGCAGGAUCCGAAUAGUCCCGCGGUUAUGGGCUCGUUCUCGUGUCGCCGUAACGUCAAGACGAGGUGUUCCAAUACCUCCAAAACUUUCAUGAUGUUCAUCACAUCGAUCGGGUUCAUCCAGAGGUGACGUAUGGCUACAUCGGUCACAUUCUCUACGACAAGUGUAUUGAGCUUUGCUGAGUCUUCCUCGGGUCGCUGCGCAAAGGCUUUCAGUGUGUUGGCCAGGAUCAUCGUGGCGGCGUUACAAUGGCGGCCGACGAGCUGGAAGGGGAGGUUAAGUCGUAGACGGUCAACGUCACGGCAAUAGAAUAGCAUCUCCUCGACCUUCUCGUAGUAAUCCGUCUCCGUGAACGAUGUUUCAUUCAUGCAGUACUUUUUGUGUAGUGUUUGACAAAAGUCCGCCAUGGACGGAACUCGUGCAAAUACGGUAUCAAGGAACUCGACUUCCACUGGCAAUGAUCAUUUAGCCACCACACAUGCGCGGGCCCCGGGUCGAAUACUCACGGUCAUCUCUCAGAACCAUCAGGUCAAUAUAUAGGCUCUUGCAAUGAUAGCCUAUCGUCUGGAGUGCGUCUAUUUGUGGAUGUUCUAUACCGCUUGUCUUGCUCAGGCGCGAGAAUUCCAGGUCCAGAGUCCGGCAUGCGAACGGCUUAAGAAUCUGGUCGAAGACGCGGCAAACGAGCCGAAGAUCGAGGACUGCAUUCUUGGGGCCAUAUUCGAUACAUUGCUGAAGUAUCGCAUCGAUCAGUUCGCGCGGUAGGCGAUUCAUGAUAAACAAUGUCUUGUGUGGUUCUGCGAAUAGAGUUGGCUGAUUGCGGGUAGGGGAGGAAUUAGAGGGGUCAGCAGCAGUUGAUGUGCAUCGAGCGCUACUAUGCGGCUUCACAGUUCAUUCGAGAAUUGCAUUAAAGGCCCUUAUUUUUGUCUAACAUAGCUCAGCAAGCCUGUAUCGUAGGGGCAGAGAGCGUCAGACACACGUACUAAGGGCCGUGAGUACCCAGGAGGUAGGUAGUUGAAGUUGGAGUUGUAAGGUUGGGCAAUCAGCCAAUGGAGUUCAGGAGCUGAGAUGAUCAUCAUGCAGGGACCCGACCGCGUUACUUAAUGCCGCCAGGGGAGCUCUCCACCCCCACUGAUUCCAGGCUUUACAUUUGGUAGAGCGCUAAUGAAGUUAGCUACCCUAGAUCCAACUACCUCUACCAUCUGAAAGUGAUUUUCCUAUGUCCUCUCCAGUUGAUAGAAACGCCAGCUCCUACCUUACCCGGUUCUUUCAUCUUAUGUCUCCCUGAAACAUCUUGUGAUGAAGAAUGGAAGAGUCUCAUUCGUGGCCCAGGAGCAGCUGGGCGGUGGAGGUGUGUUAUCAACGAUAUAGGUAGCUAAAGGGAUAUGACAGUACCUAAUGUUGGAAUAAAAAUCCAGGAAGUCAGUUGAACUUGUCGAACAGUAGGAACGAACAAUCCUCCAACCCAAAGCAAGCCCAAAACUCUUCACAAAAAGGGGUAACAACGAGCCUAGUUGAACCCUCUGAAAGCCGAAGACUCGAAAGUUGGUGUUACGAAUGUUCCAUGAUGACGAACAUUUGUGUUGUCUUAGAUAUGGCAGAAAACCACAUGGGACUCGGAAAAUCGUGCCGAGCUGCUAGGGAAUGCAACGAGAUGCUCAUAUAAGACCGUGAUUACUCUCUGAUCGAGACGGAAAAAACGGCACCAUGUUGUGCCCUUAGAAAAGGAGUAUUGCUUUUACGGAAUAUCGGCAGACAUAAACUGGAACAAACAUGAAGCCAUUGGUUCCAGCCGUGUGAGAGCCAGUUCAACUCAAAUCUACUCUUGUCAUAUGCUGUACGCGUAGGUCGAUGACAACGCCGGAACGGCCCCCUUGGUAGCAGUUGAGGAGAGGUGAAGUUUGAAGGCGGCUGGCUAGUAACGUUAGCCAUCCGCGAUGUGCAGGGGCGCUAAAAGAGUCCAGCUGCAAGCCUGGGCAACGUCCGCGCUCCCCCCUAGCUCAACGAGUGCCAACAGCAAGAGCCCUCGUGAUAAGAGUAUGAGAGGCUGGCCCCUCGGAGGACAAGAAAACACUGAACCUUGAUAUAAGGUGUCAAAAUAAACUUAGCAAAGAGUCCCCUAAGCUUAGGCUAUAUUUAUCUAAGUAUUUUUAUCACUUAGGGUCAAGGUCUUGAGUUUUCUUUCCUCCCUGAGGCUGGUCAACCAAAGAGCUCCAGCUGCCAGGAGCAAAGGCAAAAGAAAGCCACCUCCUACGGUAGCUGUGGUACCAAAUUGAUGGUCACAGAUAGGAUUCGAAUCAUCUAGCCUCUGACCGUUCUCUCCUCUCGCCGGUAAAAUGGUACUUAGUAGCCAACAACUGAAGAUUCGAAUCGUAGGGAAUGAUAUCUCCACAGCCAUAUAACCUCGCUGGGUCAUAGUCCUGAAUAUUUCUAUGCUGCCAAGGUGAAUUCCAAACCAAGAAGCCAUGCCCUCCCUGAUGGGCAACUUACAUACGACAGCAGCCACAGAUACUGUACUCUGUACUAAGUACGUGGCGCUGAGUUGAUCUGUCUGGGGUGCUAGUGAAGUUUCUCAUUGGUGAAAACUGACACAAGCUUGUCAACAAGGCCUCGUCUGAAAGCCGGCCUCGGUUUCAUCGUGGGAAAUUGAUAAUCAAUGAACGAUGUGGACUUCCCAGGCCGUGGCCCCUUAACCUGGCCAAGAUAAACCAACUCCAGAUCAACUCCAUACACAGACUGCCAGUGACUUCAAGAAGAAAACAGCCUGUUGACACCCGAACAGGGUAGGAAAAAUGGCCAGAUUAGUUCGUGACGGGGAUAAUGGAGUGACGCACUUUACAUGGGACGAGACAAGGGCCAAGGGAACGCGGACCAAGGGUGGAUAAGGAAUUGCGCUAACCAAGUCUUUUAUCAUCCACUUGUCACUAUGCUUGUUGAUGAGCUGCUUCUUCAGUGAAAAGCGAGAGGGGGAAAAUAAAAUACAAUUACGGGGCAUUUUACUUCUCUGCCAGAUGUGAAGAGUCUCGAAAUUACCGAAAACCGAUAAAACAGACAUGAGGUCUCUUUACUGACAAAGGGAUUCGACUCCCAAAACCAC